GUCCAAAAUAAGAAGCCCCAGCACCGCCACACUGGUACGAUGGAUGAUUUUGUGUCCACCCGGGCAUGCAUCGAAGCUCCGGGCCGCAUGACAAAGUGGCACCCGCCAGGAAAAUGUGGGAGACUUACUUCAAAGUAGCGCUCAGGAUCUAGCCCUGGCACAAAUAAGGCAGGAAUUGGCUAUGAUCUCCGAACACAUGCUUACCAAGGGUGGCUUCCUGCAGGAGUUCCAGACGUCAGUCAGGAAGGAGAUCUCGGCCCUGCGCACUGAUCUGACGGAUGUGGAGGUGAGAGUGGAGGCACUUGCAUGCGGCUCGCUUGGGUCUCCGUUUCAACACCAGGCUGCAGAACUUGCAACCACCCGCCAGGGAAACCUGCUGCUCCUCUCCCUGCAGCAUCAGGUAGAAGAUUUGGUGAACUGGAGUCACCACCAAAAAGUGCGGUUUCGAGGCCUCCUGGAGCCUGACUCAUCACCCCUGUCUGAGACACUCAGGGUGCUCUUCAAGCAGAUUCUGGGCCAGGAGUGCCCCAAAGAGAUACAGUUUGACCGAGUACACCGGCUCUAG